ACCUUUGAGUUUCUCGAGGCCUUUUAUAUUUUAUUUUUUAAGUUUUAAUUUUACUGCGAAAUAGUGUUUACUGUCUUCGUCUUCUUCUUCAGCCGCCGUCGCCUGAUUCCACCAUCGAAGGCGACGGAAGUAGAGUUUAGGGUUUAUCCAACGAAGCUCCUUUUGAUUGUUAUCGAUUCCGUUUCUAUUCGUUGAUCUUCCAUUUUCGCAUCGCAUUUUAUUUUCUACAUCUGAAGAUGGGAAGCAGUCCAGCUCCGUUUGCCGAUAUUGGCAAGAAAGCCAAAGAUCUCCUGAACAAGGACUACAUUUUUGACCACAAGUUUACUCUGACAAUGCUGAGUGCUACAGGAACGGAAUUUGUGGCUACUGGUUUGAAGAAGGAUGAUUUCUUUUUUGGCGAUAUAAGCACACUAUAUAAAGGUCAAAACACCAUUGUUGAUCUGAAAAUCGAUAGCCACUCAAGUGUGUCUACGAAAGUAACUGUCAAAAAUCUCAUGCCAUCUGCUAAAGCUGUUAUUAGCUUCAAAAUACCUGAUCACAAGUCGGGCAAGCUGGAUGUGCAAUAUGUUCAUCCUCAUGCAACGCUUAAUUCCAGUAUUGGCCUCAACCCAACUCCUCUGCUAGAUCUAUCAGCGACUAUUGGAAGCAAGAAUGUAUACCUUGGUGGUGAAGUCAGUUUCGACACAGCUUCGUCAUCACUAACCAAGUACAAUGCAGGGAUCAGUUUCAACAACCAAGACGUCUCUGCUGCACUCAUACUGGAGGAUAAAGGGGAGAGUCUCAGAGCUACUUACGUCCACACAGUGAACCAAACCACAUCCUUUGGUGCAGAACUGAUUCGUCGCUUCUCCAACUAUAACAAUAGCUUCACCGUCGGAAGCUCCCACUCUUUGGAUCCAUGCACAGUGGUUAAGACCCGAUUCUCUGACAACGGGAAAGCAGGGAUGGUGGUCCAGAGAGAAUGGAGACCGAAGUCGCUCAUCACUUUCUCAGCUGAGUAUGACUCCAAGGCUGUGACCUCUUCACCUAGGCUUGGUCUCGCCCUUGCCCUCAAACCAUAAAACAAAAAAGAGAGCUCUUAUCAGUUUGUGGAACACAAAUUAAACAAUUCAAUUUUUUUCCCAAAGUGCUAAAAAAUCGCCCCCAAACAGAAGGUUUGUAGGGUUAUUAAAUCACAUUUGCAUUAAUAUUUGUUUUUCAUUGUGAUGUGAAAGAAAAGGGAGUGAGCAAAACCCGAUUUUUGAGAUGAAACUUGUUCAUGUUUCUUUUAGACUUUGGUUUCAUUUGAUUUGA